AUGCGAAAAAUACAUAGAAAUGAAGCAGAGAAAAAACUAAAUGAAGAAAUAGGAAAACAAAAAGCAUUUGAACCUAUUAUCAAGGGAUUAAAAAAUGUUGAAGAAGCUGUCAUAAAAACCCAUGAUGAUAUUAAAUCAUUUUUAGUUCCGGUGAAACCAUUAACACAAACAUCAGAUUUGGUCAGAAGACCAAACCACAAAAAAAUGAUACGAGAUGGAGGCUUAGAAACAGAAAUUAAAAAUUCAAUUAUUAAUAAUAAAAUAGGAGUUAUUGCAGCUCAUUAUUUACCCAAAUUAUCAGAUGAUAAAUUUGGGAUUUUUCAUAAUCAUGAAACAAAUAUGCAUAUGAUAGGUAAAAAUGAGAUUCAUUUUAAAGAUAACAUUAUUAUUUUAAACGAACAAAUUAAUAAAUGACCACAAGGAUUAUUAACAUAUAAUAAAAAUAUAGAUUAAAAGAUAUUAAUAGAAACAGAAUCAUUAUAUCAUGAUAAUAAUAAAAAUACAAAAAAAGUAAAAUCAAGUAAAAGGGAUAAAUACAUGAAUCUGAUCCAUCCUAUUUGGAAUAAAAUUAGUGAAAAUUAAAAAUUAAAAACUUUGCAUGAAGAAUCUGGUUUAAUAAAUUAUACAGAAAACCCAAUUCAAUAUAAAUACAUUGAUAAUUUAAACGAAUUGUUAAAAUGAUUAUAUUUUAUUGCUGCAGAAGAAGGAGCUGGUAAUAAUAAUUUCCAUAAUGAAAAUUUAGGUAUUAUACAUUUUGUAAGUAAAGAAAUCGGAAAAUGAGUUGAUACACUCCAUGGUAUAGAAUAUCUCAUUUUUUUUAUUGCAAGUUUACCAAAGAAAGUGAUCACUGGAUCUGGACUUGUUAAUAAUUUCUUGAAUAGUAAAAUUAUGCCUGAAAUUCACUGGCCUGGUUAUAAUUAUCUCAGACCGUUUACAAAAUCUAAGAAACCAAUAAACAAACUGGAUGAAGCUGCAAUGGAGCUUUUUACUAUGAAAAACAUAAAGCUACUAAAUCUAGACAUAAAUUGA